UGUGUUAAUGUAACAAGAGUAGGACAUCUUUCAAUUGAUUGGGUCCCAAAGCAAGCUGAGUUCAGUGUUUCCUUAAGUAAUGUUCAGUUACUUGAUCAAUAUAUUUUAUUGUGAAAAUAUUUCCUGAGAGGACUACAGGUGAGUGAGUGGUUGGAAGUGGCUACAAAUGCAGAGGUUAUAGGGUAUUGGCAAUUCUGUGUUUGAGUCCCAGAUUCUCUGACACCAUCUAUGUACUCCCUAACUUUCCUAAGUGCUCAGCAACUGGCCAAGGAUGAAGAAGCCACAUGUACAAUGUUGGAAUCUAUGCCACAGAUCACGUAUAAUAUCCUCUUCAAGGUGGCUUUCAGAGAAAAUAAGAUAAAGCUGCUGUGUCAGCUGGUGAAAAUGUGGCCUUACUCCCAACUUAAAUUCCAGGCACUACUGCAGAUAUGUUGGAGCUGUUCCCUGACUUCUCCUAAAAAGUUUCCAGAAUGUCAGGAAACUUUAAAAAAAUAAUGAGUCAAGCAAAAAUAAAAUUGAUGCCAUCAUCUUUGGAGUGAUCAGUUCCAUAAGGAAAGCAAUCAUGGAUGAUUCACAGCAACUCCCAAACAGAAGAUUACAACAGCUUGAUAUGACAGGAUUAGUGAAUCAAAAUAUUUGGUGGAAUUUAACAAUCAUGAGAUUGUGGGCCAGCUCAAUAAGCCGUGCCCAACUCUACGUGUCUUCACAACAUGAUCCACAAAGCCAGACAAGAGACCAGGAGGCAAAAGCAUCUCCAGUUACAACUUUCCCCAAAGAAAUGUGUAUGGAACUCCUGGUAGAUUUACAAGUCAGUUCUUCUUCUAAGAAAUUUCUAAAGGAAGCUUUCAGUGCAAAUGCCAACAGCCCUCUCCAUCUGAAGUGCCAAGAUUUGUACACUACUGACAUCAUUGAUCAUGAUUUUGGGCAAUUACUGUCUCUUUUGGACCCUCUGACAAUUCGCAGAGUCGACCUAAAUUAUGGUAAAAUAAUUUUGAAUGAUGUCGGGUGGUUUUUGUCACAGAUCACAACUUUCCAAAAUUUGCAGAGCUUGAAGCUACCUUCUUUUAGUGAACAAGAAAUACAGAAGAUGAAUUCUACACCAAAAACUUUAGUUGACAUUCUUGCUGCAGAACUAAGCAAACUGAAACACCUCAGAGAGAUUUCUGUACAUAGCCUUUGUCUUUCAGACAAGGUGGAGGAUCUACUUAGAGAUCUGCCAUGCUCCCUGGAAAGCCUUCAACUUUCUUUCUGCUCUCUGACAACGAAAGACCUAAUCUACCUGGCCCGUAAUCAACAUAGCACCCAUCUCAUAAAGCUGGAUCUUGCAGGCAACAAGCUAACAGACCAACUAGACGCCUUUCUGGAACUUCUAAAGUCAGCCUCAAAUUCAUUGAAGUGGCUGAAUGUAACAAAAUGUGGAAUCAAAGACAGUGACUUUCAUAAAACCUUGUCCUAAUUAUAUUCCUGUAUCAGGCUCUCCCAUCUUGGUCUGCAUGCCAACCCACUAUCUAGCACCAUUUUGCUUGAUUUCCUGAAGUCGUGCCAGCACAAACUGCCCAACAUGAAGAUAAUAUCAGUUCCAAUCUUUCUGGAUUGUUACAGGGACCAUUCCCAACAUGAUCGCUUUCCUAGAUUAUUGGAGUCUCACCUUGAUACUAAUAAACUUGGCUCUGUCUUGAGGGAAAUGAAGCAGAUGCAAAUCACAAGAGGAGAGUCUGCCAUUGAGGUUAUUACUAGUUUUGUCUUUGAAGUGGGUGAUUAUUUUGACCUACAGUAAUGGUUGACUACCAUAAAUGAAGAGAAUCUCAUACUUCCAAGAGAAAGUCAGUUUCUUAUUAUUAUGAAAAUCUUUUAAACAAUUUUAACCAUGAAAGAUAUUAAAAUAUACACAGGAAUGAAUUUCAUCUAAAACUGGUGGCCUUUUAUAAAAGAAAACAACAGGAAUUGACAAGCAACAAAGAAACAAAUGUUUAAUUACUAAUUUUAUCUCAAGUUGGAUACAAUUUAUACUUACUCAUCAUUUUCCUGAUUGUGUAAAAAUCCUUGAUAUUUUUAAAUGUUUUUAUGUAUAAUUUUAAAUGUGUGUUUUAAGGUAUUGUUUAAUUACAUAAAUAAAACAUAACUCAUUGUCAUUCUUUGUUAAA